GAGUUCGGCUGUGGAGAGGCCGUUGCGCUCCGGCCGAGAUUUUGCCUCCCCCCCCCACCACCCCCCAUCCCCCGCUUCCCCCAACCCCCCAACCCCAUCCACCCCGCUGAGUUAUGGAAGAAGAGCGAAAGGAGAAGAACGGCCGGGACUACGAGGAGGAGAGCAUGUCCCUGUCACCCCACCUCCCAUCCCCUCCGCUCAUCCUGCCCCACCAGGCGGGCGCGCCGGGCCACCGGACCACCAACUUUUUCAUCGACAACAUCCUGCGGCCGGACUUCGGCUGCCGGAGGGAGACGGGCUGCCGCGGGGAGCGGGCGCAGACCGCGGGCAGGGAGAACGUCAACCCGCUGCUGGCGAGGCCGCCGCCGCCGCACGCCGGCAGCCUCUGCCUGGACUCCAACUGCAGCAGCGACAGCAGCACCUCCUCGUCGUCCUCCUCCUCGUCCUCGUCCUCCUCCUCGUCGUCCUCGCCCGCCUCGAACAAGCAGAGCUCGUCGUCCAAGCAGGGCGAGUCGGCGGGCAACGGGACGGCGCGAUACGCGGACAGCCCUCCGUCUAUCGUGGUCAUGAGCGGCGGCGGCGGCGACGGAGGCUCCGCACACAUGGCGAAGGAGUCCUCCCAACUGCUCUGGCCCGCCUGGGUCUACUGCACGCGCUACUCGGACCGACCCUCAUCUGGCCCGAGGACACGGAAACUGAAGAAGAAGAAGAGCGAGAAGGAGGACAAGCGGCCCCGGACGGCGUUCACGGCGGAGCAGCUGCAGAGACUGAAGGCGGAGUUCCAGGCCAGCCGCUACAUCACGGAGCAGCGGAGGCAGUCCCUGGCCCAGGAACUCAGCCUGAACGAGUCCCAGAUCAAGAUCUGGUUCCAGAACAAGCGGGCUAAAAUCAAAAAGGCGAGCGGCUACAAGAACGGGCUGGCCCUGCAGCUCAUGGCCCAAGGACUUUACAACCACUCGACGACCACCGUGCAGGAGGACAAGGAGGACAGCGACUGAGGAGGACCCCCCACCCCCCCCCCCACCCUCACCCCUCUCCCCCCCCUGCGCAUCGGACUCUGUUAUCACGGACACGCGUGGAGCCAUGGAAACGGGGGAGGGGGACGCUAUUUAAAACCAGAUCUAUCUGUUUUAUGGUCACACUAUAUGGACAUAAUUAUAGAAAAUGAACGAACGCUAUUAAAGUUUAUAUAUAGCCUCACAUUUAUCACGUUGUAUAUAUUUAAUUUCGGGACAGGGGUGCUUGUCUCUCGCGCAGAAUCCCUUCUUGCUGGAGAUUUUAUCUUUUUUCCUUUCUAUAAUAUUAUAAUGUCGGUGUCUGAUUGUCCCUUAUAGGUGUCUGUGGUCUGUGCAACCCCCCCCCCCCAAGUCUUAUGUACCGACCACAGAACGUGACAAACUGCGUCACUGAGCCACGCAACCAACCAAAGAUUUUAUUAUUAUGGAGUCUGAAAUAAAAACAAAAACAAAAACAACAAAGAAAAAAAAAUACAAAUCCAAAAAGAAACUGUUCAAUGUUGACUUACA